AUGUACAUAUCACCAACUCAGUACUCUAAAGCAUUCCAAGAAAUCAAGCGAACAUCAUUAUCGCAUUCCACCUGCAAGCUAAUUAUUUUUGUUUCUUGUCUAAAUAUUGAUUCGUUAUGUUCUGCCAAGAUUUUAAGUAUUAUAUUGAAGAAAGAGUUGAUUCAGUAUCAGUUGAUACCGGUGGUAGGAUAUUCUGAUUUGAAAAACCAUUUUAGUAGCUUAGAUUCUGAUGUUACGAACGUUAUUUUGAUUGGAUGUGGUGCCAUGUUAGACUUGGAAAGUUUUUUUGAGAUUAAUGUUGAUGAUUAUGAUCUUGGAAAUGGCAGCAACGUGGAAACUGAUGAUCUUCACGAUGACCCAUUGAAAAGCGGUGCUAACUUGCGAAGAAAGAUUUAUAUUAUAGAUGGUCAUAGGCCGUGGAAUUUGGAUAAUAUAUUUGGGUCAUCAAUGCUCGUGUGCCUUGAUGACGGGUUUAUAGAAGGAAAUCUAGAAAAAGAAAAAGCGGCAUAUAAGACAUUAGUGGAGCAAGAGGAUGAUUCUGAAGAAGAAUUACUGUCCAGUGAGGACGAAGAAGAAAAAAAUGAACACGACGACGAAGAGGAUGAUACUGAUAAUGACGACGAUGAAGACAUAAUAAUAAGUUCUCAAGACGAUCCAGAAACAACGUCACGUAAGCGAAGAAAGCAAGAAAUCAAGAUGAAAAAAUUGAAGAAACAAAGGAAGCAACAAAUAUCGAGUUGUGAAGACAUAGUAGAAUCAUAUUAUAACCAAGGUACAACAAUAAUUACUUCAACAACGGCUACAAUAUAUGCGCUUUUAUCAUCAAUUGGUGAAACUAAUAUUGAAAAUUUAUGGUUGGCUAUCAUUGGAACAUCAUCUUUAGAUAAUCAUUACCCCGAGGUCUACGAUAAAAUUCAGCCUUUGUUUAAGGAAGAAGUAUUCAGAUUAAACCCUUCAAACAAUAAUAAUGCUGAUAAAACAGCUGAUUCUACUUCGUUAAAUAUCGACAAGGACUAUCAUUUAUUCUUGUUACGUCAUUGGACCCUAUAUGAUUCAUUUUUCUAUUCAAGUCAUGUAAAUUCAAAGUUGAACUUGUGGACUGAAAAUGGGAAGAAGAAAUUGCACAAGCUAUUUGCCAAGAUGGGAGUUUCGUUGGCUAUAGCUCAACAGAACUGGCUUUAUAUGGAUAUUGGCAUUAAGAGACAGCUACCAACGAUUUUUAAUAAGUAUUUACCACUUUAUGGAUUAGAGGGAAUAGUGCGGAAUGGCUUUAUAAGAACUUUUGGAUAUUCGGGGCAGUUAUCGGCAAUAGAGUGCGUUGAAUCUCUCACGGCAUUACUUGAAUGUGAUAGACGUAUAUUGGACGGUAACAAUAACUUCAAUGACGAAGAAGAUGACGAGCUUGAUGAUGAAGAUAAAAUAAACUCAAGAAUUGAAAGAAAGGAAAAAAUAUGGGUGAAUAACUUUUGGUCAUCUUGGGAUGCAUUAAACAUGACUACCAAUACUUCCAAGUCUGUUAGUUCCAAGAUGGGCUCAUCAAAUUUCAAGAAAGCCAAAGGUUUUGAUUUAUUAUUACAAGGAUUGGAACAUGCCAAACAAAUUCAACAGAUUAUUUUCAGAACAGGGAUGUCAUUACUAGAAAGGAAAUUGAUUAAGAACUUACGGUUGUAUAGGUUAUGUGUCUUGAAUGAUGGUUCAAUACCAGAUCUAGAAAUAUUUAAUAAUCCACUAAUUUUAUCUAAAUUGGGCUCAUGGUUGCUAGAAAAUAUAACUGAAUUAGAAUUUUUAAAUUCGGUAUCAAACAAGUCGUUGAAGCCAUUAGUUGUGGCAAGUCUUGAUGUUGCAAGUGACACGUAUUUAGUAAUUGGAUUAGCCCCAAAAUACCCAAGAGGUAUGGAUAAUUCAACAAAGGCAAAACUAUUACAACUGAAAGACGACUCAACCAUUACUACAAGGUUAAAUACAUUCAGCGUUGCAUUCCAACAAGUGGCUAAUACGUCCGGUGCAAAGGUAAGAAUAGAUAGUUUUGACAGUUCUGUCAUCGAAAUUAGGAAGGAUGAUUUAUCCCCUUUCCUAGAAAAGUUAACUUUAAGUGGAUUGAUUUAG